AUGGAAAAAAUUCUAGAAGAACUUGGCCUUGGAACACUUAAACAACGGUUUGCAGAAGAACGUAUCGAGCCGGAGAUUGUUUUGGCAAUGACUGAUGGAGAACUUACACAUCUUGGUGUCUCCACCAUGGGUGAUCGGAUUCGUCUUCGACAAAUUUGUAGAGUUUCCAUAUCCACACAAAGUGCAGAGCAAUCCAACGUUAAUUCAGAGGGCUCAGAAUCGUCUUUAAAUUCGUCUGGUGGCCCAUCUUCAGCUUCAUCUUCAGCUUUUGUUGCAUCGGAAAGAUCUAGGCUUUUUAAUCCUCGCCAUUCAAGAACAACUUCACGAAAAAGGAAGGCAACUCGUGGGCGAACAUGGACUGCGCAAAUUCUUUGUCUGGCUGAUCGUCAGCAAACAAAGAUUCCUAACUCUAUUGAAAAGCAAAUAUUGCGUAAUGCAGGAUUGGGUUUGAAAAAAAUUAAAUUUGAAGUCAGCGAUAACGCUCAACAAGUUGUUGACACAAUCAUGUCUGAUGAAAAAGCUGAUAAUGAUGAACCAAUCGGUUUCCCUCAACUUCGUCAGAGUGGCGGGUUUGAGUUGCUCCGAUGCUUACCUAACUGCAGAGAGUUGCGCAUGAUUGACUGUCCAUGGACUGUGAGAAACCUGAAAGCCACUCUUGGCAGUCAAUCUAAAAUCUAUGCUAGACCCAUUCAAAGAAACUUUCAACUAGUUCAAUCCAGCCUGAUGCCAAUAUCUAGGUUCGAGAAAAAUGCCAAGGUUGCCAGGAAGAUUUUAUGUUGAGUGAACAUCUAUACACCUGUACAGCUGGCAUUUUAAAUUCAGAUUUGUCCGAUGAAAAUGAUUUCAACCAGCCACAACAAAUUCAACCUACCAAUGCUGCAGCCCAUAUGGACAUUAACAGUGAGCAACACACUACUUUAGGGGAUAUAUUCGAACAUCAAACAACUAUUGCUGACCAACAACCUAGUGACAGUGCUGAACAGCUAACAAGCAACAAUGAAACUCCUGUCAGUAUUCAUAUUAACCUGAAGUUCAGGCCCUAAUUUGAAAUAGGGCCUGACACAAAACCUGUCUAGACCGUGGGGCACCCACAUGUUAUUUUUAGACACAACGUGCAAUAUGAUUGACAAGUGUUAUAGAUUUCGUUACACAAAAAAAUUAUAUUCUCAUGAACAUGUCCGCAGAGUGUGCAUUUUGCUUUAUAAUUAAACUUAAAAAUCCAAGGUACUUUUAUAUAAAUAAGAUUCAGACAAAGAUUUAAUUAGUCAGUUCUGUGCACGGCUAGACUGCCAAGCUUUCUCAAGGUCUCAACUUGCUGGACGCAGAUAUUAGGGAUACUCAGGCAUGUUAAUGCCUGGGUCUGCCCACAGUUGGAUGAUAUCUUGCGCGCGUGUUGCACACGCGAUCUGUCAGUAAUGCGUCUGUUAGAAUAUUCGCCCCUUGUGCGAGUAUUUUAGUGAAUUCGGGCGUUUGCUUCAAAUCAAAAUAUAGUAUAUAUGAGCGACAGGAUUAUUUUGGUAUAUACAAUGCAAAGAAGUCGGUAUACUAUUCAGUUUUGAUGUAAUAAUUGGCUCUUUGUAUAGCAAUAAGUAUUGUAUCAUUUGCGACAGCUGACCUUUGAACUGCUGAUAAAUAAAAGCUUCUUAUAGUGCGCUAUCUUGCGAUUAUUCAGUAUUAAUUGUUGACUGUUUCUUAUUUUCAAUGAAAAAUAGCUUGUGAAUUACAAAUUAAUAGCACAUAUAGUUCACUUGGUCUUUUCCACCAUGGCAUACUUCCCUUCAAGCAUUAACUAUGCUUCAAGAUAUCGGCUUGAAUGCGAAAUGAAUGUUGUUAUUGGAAAGAUAAUAUCCCUUACAAUAAGCGGCAGACUGUUUCAUUAUGGCGCGUGAAAUUCAUCACGCGAAAAAUGCGUUCGACUUGCAGCAGGCUAAUUUGACGAAAUUUUGCUAUGUUUGUUAGCUAAAAACAUUAACAAGGGAACAAAGUUUCCUGCGUUAAUUUGGAAACCGUACAUUUAUUUGUAGAUAACAUUUAAUGACACGAUUAACAUUUGUUUGAUGCCGAUCAUCGUAAUAUAGCCGCAUAAAAUAAUGAAACGAAGCCUAAAUGUAAACUUUCCGAAUUUAUUCGAUAAACAGUGAUAUUAUGUGUGAAUGAUUAUCGCAAUUCUGCGUCCUCUCAGUCACGAAAUAUACUGCUGCAGAGCCUCUGAGUAAAAAGUAUAAUUUUUUGUGUUGUUUUUCGAAAUAUACAUCAUGUGAUUGUUGUCAUGACAACAAAAAGUAGGUCAACUUUUAGAAUCUCCUUUGUUAAAUCAUAUAAAACUUAAAUGGUAAUAAUCAAGGCCAUACUUAUUUUUUAAUGAUUUUUUGUUUAUUUUCGCUAAAUACACAAACUGAGACCCAGGCAUUAAUGUACCACCUGAGUAUACUUUAUUAUUAAAACGGGCUAACAACAGCAACAAUGAAAUUCUCAAUCGUACCACGAAGAAGGCGAUGUAGCUCAGAAAACAAUGCCGGUAGGACCUGAUAUUAAAAAUAAGACUUUUGCCGGCGAAGCCAGUUGGCAAAACAUCUUGGCUGUCAACAACAAGCUUUCGAAUACAUGACUAGUUUGGCUGUUCUUUCGGCGUUGUGUGUCCAAAAUUCGUCCAAGAUUUUGAUAAAGCCCUUUCAAAAUACUGUUUGUUUGAUUUAUUUUCUGCCAUAAAGCAUAAAAGAAAAAGAAAUUAGAAGAAAUUGAUAAUGGAAUUUGUACGUGCGUUUGACCUUUAUAUUAAUUGUCGCCUUGACCGAGCUAUUUUUAAAACUGUUGUUUAUGUAAACUUGCAACCAAUCAAAAUCCUUCAUGAUGCUGAUCAACCAAUCAGAUUUCCCGUCCACCAGGUGGACGGGAAUCUCACACUUUAGAUAGGUUUUGUGUCAGGCCCUAUUCUGUGAUUAGGGCCUGAACUUCAGGUUAUAUUCAUAUUGAACAACCUAGCAUUAACAUUGAAAUUGAAACAAACAAUUCAGCAAUUGUAAGUGAUCAAAUAAACUUGAGUGGUCCACAUCAGGAUAUUAACUCAAUUCGAUCCGCCAAUAUUAAUUUCCGACGUAUAUGACGGGAAGAUUAAAUAUUAAAGAACUUCGCGAGUAUUUGCAGUAGACAUACGAAAAUACCACCAAAAAAUUCCGCUUGAUCGAUACUAUAUAUUCAGAAAUAUUCAUAAUUUUAUUGUUUCUCGCUCAAUUUCAAGCGAAUUUCUUACCUUGAAAUGAUCAAUGCGGUGAAAUUUAUGCAAAUGACACAUUAUCAAUUUUGCUGUUGCAUUUUGAAUGUUCCGCCUGAUUCAAAUGCUCGUCUUUUUGCUUCUUUUCAACGUAUAAUAAUAACAAAUAUACCAAAAGAAUCGCCAUCUUCCAUUCUAUAGCUCGGAGCAGUCUCGGGAAAUUGCAAAAUAAUCUAAGCCUAUUAUGGCAAUUCUCGUGAUCGGAAAGUGUUCGGCCAACUUCGGACGCCAAAUUCUUGGUAAAGCAUUACAGUUUCCUGGUAAAAGACUGCAGGAAUCACUUCCGGAGUGUUUGUUUACCCUAGAUACGGAUUUUGAUUGGCUUAGGCAGAAAAACAAAUCUUUUAGAGCAAUUUUCCUGAUUAUCGCGCACGGGAACGCACGAGCGUUGAAAUGUAUUGUGUUGUAGUUUUGUUUGAAUCGCAUUCUGAAGACGUUUUUGGCUUUAUUUUGCAAACUGAUAGUGCUAGUAAUGAUGGAAUGUCUUCGUAUGAAGACAAGUAUCUCAACCUGGCAUUGGGAGUCGUGUCUGGAGUUUCAAGGCAAGUAUUUGUAUCAUUUCUAGACAAUUUCUAUUUCAAUGUUUUGCCGUUGCCAUGGCGUUGUAAAUUUAUUUGUAUUUAGUAUAGCUUCACUAGUACGACCAAGUAUGUCCUCAUAUCGCUUUUUUGUGUUGAAAUAAUCGUUUCAUACUGAAAUUGACAAAUAUAAAUGGUAUUUAUUUAUAUUGUUGACGAAAAUUUAUGGUGUUUUAGGCAUAAAAAUCUCUGAUUCCUAGGCGAAGUAAAAUGAGUCUUGAGCACAUGUUUGGUUGUUUGUUACAUACAUAAUACCCAAGUAUUUAUACUUAUAUCUUACUAGUUGGCUUUUAUUAUAAUUUUAAGUGGCACCAUGUCUAUAAAAGUUUUUAUUCGCACUGAUGAAUAUAUUGAUCCUGUUCCUAUCUGCUGUUCCUGUUUCAUAGCCUCAGGGAAGUAGAGUUCUGAUGAGUCAUGAGAACCCCACUCACCAACCCAGAGGGAAGGUAGGGGGAUGAGUAGAGGUAGAGGGAAGCCCAGCCAUUAGGACCUAAGGUUUCAAAAGCUCCCUGUCUAGCAUCCCCACUAGGCCCCAUAGUACAUGACGGAUAUGAUGAUCCUGACGCCAGGAAUGUUCUCCCAGAUUUUGCUCCUCACUGACAUGUCCGGGAUCCAUUUCGAUCAACUGUGAGCUUGAGUUCAUUUGGCUCAAUGAACUGUGAGCUUGAGUUCAUUCGACUCUUUUUUACUAAGGGAAUGCUUCAGGAGGUAGUUUCCUGGCCAUACCAAUACAUAUGCCCACAUACAAAUAACUCUUGAAAAAGUUAUCCCCAUAUACUAAUAAAAAAGGGUCUUGCAGUCCACCAACCUUGAGAGGUUGAUUGCCUUUUAGUAUAAUAUGCAGGUUUGCUAAAGGUCGACAGUGAGAUUGAAAAUUAUUGGAGUGUAAAAACCUUAUAUCAUGGUCUGUGGGCAAUAGACAUAAUUUCUCGGGUUAGGUACAAAGCGCUUAUGGCGUUUGUGAAUAUGGUAGAUCCUGUACUAAAGACUACAGCAAUAAACUGCAUCAACAACUGUACCAUCCGUCACAGAAUAUUGUUGUUGCAGACAAACACACUGUCAAAUCAAGAAAUAGGUUGGGGGUUAGGCAGUUCAUGAAAGCUAGAUGACGUACUGUGUGGGGAAUAAAUCUGUGGGUUGCUGCAGACAAUCCUAAUGGUUAUAUUGCGACUUUUAAAUUUAUACAGGAAGAAGUCCAGAUAUUCAUCGCAACAGAUUUGGGUAUGACGUGGUGAUCUGAUAUCAGUUUGGUUACAGUCUUAGGUCUUUUGUAGUACAAUAUAAAGGAAAUAUUUUCACCACAUAAUCCAAUUAUGUGCUUUGGCAAACAUUACUGCCUUGGAAAACAUUACUUUUUUAUAACUACUAAUUAUGAUGAUGCCAGCCCAACAACACUUGGUCAUGCUAUUUGCAAAUAUUUUCAUGUUCUAGAUUGUGAAAACAAUCAAUUUCUAAACAAAUGAGUAGUGAUUAUUUCAAAUUUGAAUAGCAUGACCAAAUUUUGAGGCUGGUUAUGCCACUAAUAACUAAAGUCAAUGGUGUAAUGAUUAUCUAAGAAUGUAUGUAGUAACUGUAGAAAUAAAGACAUUUUGCUAAUCAUGAUUUGAGUGUUCUUUUGUGGGUAUCACAGACUUAUUUUGGUGCCAUACUAUCUUUGGAGAGUAAGAAAUAUUGGAAAUUUGUAUUGAUAACAUGUUGCAGCAAUAAAAAAGGACCUUUGAUAAAGGUAUUUGUUUCAUGUGAGCACAAAAUGUAAAUUUUACUCCACUACCUAGUUUAUAUAAAAAUUCAAUAAAAAUAUUUCUAUUUAUGCUACAUGCAUGAAACUUCGGGUACUUGUAGAUCAUAACCGUGUCUUUCAGUCGUAUUCAUAAUUUUUUUUGACAUAUUUGAAAUUUGAACCGCUAAAUACAUUUAUGCAUAAUUGCAACAUUUUUUUAUAUCAUAAUUUAUGCAAAUUUAUGCGAGUGAAUCGUUAACCAAGCUCCGGAUGAAAUUGAAAUUGGUAUCGUUGGGAAGCAGAAGUCCUCCUCUUUCGAACGAUGCAAUUUCUGUUUCCGUGCGAUGUAUAGUUUGAGAGAUAUAAGCGUUUGAAACAACACCACUCGAAAUUGCUACUUUUCGACCGGAUGAGAAUGAGUUAAUGACAACAGCCCUAUUUUUGUAGAAGAUGACAUACAUGGUCCUAUGGAUAUACACCAACUCAAUCACCUAGUUGAUGAAGUAGUAGAGCAGUGCAAGAAAAGCAAUAUGGUCAGUAACAAAGAAAUUCUUCGUUUAUUACAGUGAAAAAUACUACAAGGGAGGAGUCUGGAUAUUGAAAGGGAAGAUGUAUGCCCAGAAGGUGAGACAACCUACAUUUAUGUGGAUCGUGACAACUUAUUGUAAACUGCAUUGGAUGAGAUAGCAGCUAUAGAAAAUAUCUUGCUUACAUUGCACGUCCAAUGGAGAGGUAUAGUACUGAAAAUUAUGUUUAUAGUCACAAAAACUUGCAUUUCUAAUAUCAGAGGUUCUUUUCCAGAGGUUCAUUUCAAUAGCUUACACUUUCGCAUUUAAAAAAUUAAGGGGUCUCAUCUCCCUUUUGAAUUAUUCCCUUAUACCGAUGCCUGCUUUUUGUGAUCGAGCUUUCCCCUCUUUUACAGUAACUGUUUCAGAGAGCAAAGUGUGACAGGUUAAACUUGCAAAUGGCAGUUAAGGUUGUGUGUUUUAUCUAGCCUUCUAGUAUAAACAAUGGUCAAACGAGAGCAUGUAUUGCUGGCAUACAAUUUUGAAUAUUUGUGUCUCAAAUCCUGACGCUAUAUUAAUGAUAUGUUUUCUGCCGAGCUCAAUAGUAAAUGUAGGCGUAUGGUUCCAUCCUAAUUUGGUAUUGCGAUAAGAAUUUAUUAAGUCACAUAUGUCAACUGCUCUCUCCUCCACAGAGGCUUUUGUUGGCUAUGUAAAGUGUGAUGAAAUGUAUCUCAAUACUAAUCGUAAUCAUGGCCUCUGCGGAAAAGAGAGUGUCAACUGCUAAAAGAGUAUGCGAGAGAAGACAUCAAUUCAUGAAAUUGGUCUUGAAAUAUGUUAUCUCAAAGCAUAUGUAAUGUUCUAUUUUGGGAAAACAGAGUUUCAAACAUAAAACAACUCUUGAAUAUUUUAUUUUGAAAUAUAAUAUAAACAUAUAAACCUAUUUUAAACUGAAUUUAAUUUGCACAAAAUUAGACAUUUCAUAUUUAGAAAACAGAAAGUAGAGGAUUAUGAUUGCAGUUUUGGGGUAGAUAUUCAUGCAUGCUCAAACUAUGACUUUGACUGAUUUAAUUGAGAUGCAAUAAAAACUAAACAAUUCUUUUCUUAAUUAAAAACCUAUUUUUAUCUAGCAAGCUGAGGAUUAUGGUGGACCGAGACGAGAAUUUUUCCGAUUGGUUCUGCAGGCGAUAAAGGAUAAAUAUUUUGACCAUGGAUUAAGAGAGCUUUUGAGUGAUGAAUAUGAAAUUGUUGGAACAAAUAAUAAUGGGUAUGCUUAAACCAUUGAGCUGCAAUGCGCCCUACUUAUUUUUUUACUUGUCUAGUGCCAGCUCAUUUUACUCAUCGAUGGGGAAGCUCUGCAGCUUUAAAGUAGGGAAGUUUGACAAGUUUUUAAUUGAACAUAGUAAAAACUCAAGUGGGGCAUUUUGAAGUGCAUUGCCAGUUAUGGGUAGAUUAUGUUGCUUAAUCAUCCAAAGCAACAAACUAAAAUUCUCAUCAUAUUUACCUUAUUUGCAAAAGAUCAGUACUUGUCAACAGCUGAAUUAAUAAUCAUACCCAUUAACUGGUAAUAUGACAUCUUUAGUAUUUUUAUCUAUGCACUACCAGGCAAUUUUACUCAUCAAGGGAAAAGAGUCUUAAUUGCCAGUUAAUGGGUUAAAGGCAUUUCAAACCUACCAUAAUGGCAGAGUUGACUAUACUUUUAUUAUUUUGUUAUAUUUAUAUAGGCCUAAGCAUCUUGUAAAAUGGGAAACUUCCACAGUUUAUUCCAGCUGAUGUCAUUGCUGCCAUUGUUGAUAUGAAUAACACAUCACGCUGUAUCGAAAAACUUAGAAAUGGUUUAAAAAAAUUGGAAUCUUCCAGGUAACAAGCUAUUCAUUGUCAUAAAAAAAAUUUUACAUUUUGUGUCAAAGUAUAAUUUCCAAAAGAAAGGAUAAAACAUUCGCAGGCAAGAUCAUAAAGGUAUGAUUUUCAACACUAAAAUACUACUACAGUAAGUAUGUAGCACUAGGGCAGAUGGUUGCUCAACGGCCAGACCUAUAAGGGGCCAUUCACAAAGGAUGUCCGGCCAAAUAAAUGAUGGAUUUUCAGACCCCCCUCCCCCCUUGUCCGAAUUAGUGACCCCCUCCCCCGGAGAUCCGCCAUGCCUCGCAAAAACUCAUGCAGCCUUGUAUAUGUCAAGAGUAAAAAACUUUUUUUACUCUUAGAACUUUUUUAUAACUAUAAAUGUGAAUGCAAAAACAUGUAAAUUACAAAUUAAAACAAAAUCUAGUAUUUACCGCAUAGUCAAAAUGCCAAUUUCACAAUGGGAGGGAGAGUUCAAAAUAGAGGAAAAAGAAAUUUGUUUUUGAUUUUUCUAAAAUUUCGGACAUCCGGAUUGCUAAAAACCCUCCUCCCCCCCUACGUCCGAUUUUGUCCUGAUUUUCCAAAUCCCCCUCCCCCCCUCUUGGCUUGGACAUCCUUUGUGAAUGACCCCUUAAAUCUUAAUUAUAUUUCGUUCGAAACAUGUACUGAUGUACGAUCAUGUUCUUGCUGAAAUUAGUUUUAUUGUUUAAUUUAAAUGUUUCUUUAACUGUUUCAGAUUUGCAGCCAGAUGCCAUCAAUGCAGGAUGUUUUCGGAUAUAGUCCAUCUUCUGUAUUAACAAUACGCAAACUAAACGCACUGUUGGCUCCACAGUUCAGUCCAACUGGCUCAAACAGGAGGCAUUAUGAGGGUGCUGUUUAUUAUCAAUUCUGCAAAUAUGUUAGAGAAGUUGCUGGUAUGUAUAAUAUUAAUCUAUUAUCUUGUGUAAUUGGCUGUAUCAAAACAAUUGCAAUUGAAGAACAUAAUACGAACACCUUGUGUAUUUCAGGUGGACGUCGAGGAGAUGUUACAUUAGGCCACAUACUACAGUUUGCAACAGCAAGCGAUGAAGAGCCAUAUUGGGGUUCACGGUAG